AUGGUGGAGGUGGCCGCCCCUGAGCCGCGAGCAAUGACGGCCCAGCAACAAGCACCAGGUUUUGCAUCCAGCUUUGCAUGGCGGGGACCGGUAUCAGCAGCCCGGCCCAGGGCCUGCGCUCAGCCCCCAGCCGGGGAUCCGCAGCGACGCGAGGCUGCCAGACCCGGCGCUGGCGCUUCCCUCUUCCUUUUUAGUUAUUCGCAGUUAGUUACAUUUCUAAUGGAAGCGAGGAAAAAGAGUCGGGAGAGAAGUGCGGGAGCAGCUCCGCCGGGAGAACACGGGCUAGAGAUAUCCCUGGCAGCGCUGAAGAGCGGAGAGAGUUUGGAGGGAGCGGUGACCGCAAGCGUAACUCUUUUCGUUGUAGGCAAUGGGUACAUGGAUGGGAAGGAGCUACAAAACUUCAUCCAGGAGCUGCAGCAGGCGCGGAAGAAGGCAGGCUUGGACUUAACACCUGAAAUGAAAGCUUUUGUGGACCAGUAUGGCAAGGCUACUGAUGGAAAAAUAGGAAUUGUUGAGCUUGCUCAGGUGUUGCCGACGGAGGAGAAUUUCCUGUUGUUCUUUAGGUGCCAGCAGCUAAAGUCAAGUGAAGACUUCAUGCAGACAUGGAGAAAAUAUGACAGUGACCACAGUGGCUUCAUUGAUUCUGAGGAACUUAAGAGUUUCUUGAAAGAUUUAUUACAGAAAGCAAAUAAGCAGAUUGAAGACUCAAAGCUAACAGAAUAUACAGAAAUAAUGCUCAGGAUGUUUGAUGCAAAUAAUGAUGGAAAGUUGGAGCUUACUGAACUAGCCAGGCUACUCCCAGUACAGGAAAAUUUUCUUAUUAAAUUUCAGGGUGUCAAAAUGUGUGCAAAAGAGUUCAAUAAAGCCUUUGAGAUGUAUGAUCAAGAUGGCAAUGGAUAUAUAGAUGAAAAUGAACUUGAUGCACUACUGAAGGAUCUCUGUGAAAAGAACAAAAAGGAAUUAGACAUUAACAACCUUGCGACAUACAAGAAAAGCAUCAUGGCCUUGUCUGAUGGAGGAAAGCUUUACCGAGCAGAACUGGCUCUUAUUCUCUGUGCUGAGGAAAAUUAAAACUCUUCUCUCAUGUCCACUUAACUAGUGAUGUAUUCUAUCUACACGAUAACUGUGCACUAUAAGGGAGUAGGCUGUAUUUUUAAACUGCAUAUAGAAAAUUAGCCAGGAUGUGUGGCACAUUCCUUUAAGUUUGUUUCUAUACUGUUUGUAAUGUACAGUUUUUGUAACAAUAAGAUUGAUAAAGAGAAUGUCUAUGUUUGGGCCAGUCUGUAUAUUCAAAAGAAACUAAAACAUGUUGGGGUUGGUCUUUUUUUUUUUUUUGCUUUCAUGAACAUGCCUGAAAAAAAGUUACGCCUGCCGUUGUUGUGGUUACCAUAUCCUUUGACACUUGCAACAUUUUUCCUUGUUGAUCUACAUAACAAAAGGUCUAGAAAUCUCUUUUCCACUCACAACUACACUUUUUUUUGUUUUUUUUUUAAAUAUAUGAUACAAAUUUAGAAGAAAUAUGAUUUAGGUUGGAAUAAGAAAAAGAAGUAGGCAUGUCUACACUCCAAAAGUUACCAAGAAAUAUUUCCAGUUGUCAAACCAUCCACUUACAGGUCUGUGCUCUCUGUAAUUUUUCAACUACUCUUCUCAUUAUGAAUUCAAAGUAUAUAGAGGAAGCAUUUAUCUGGGAUAGAUCUCCACGCAGUAGUUGACAAAAAUAUACUGUUCUCAAUCUUGCUGUUUAACUUUACUGAAUUUAAACAUAGGCACUUCAGAAACAAAUGCCUUUAAUCUGUCUUGGAAUCCUGGCUAAGUGACAGAUAGCAUAGUUAAUACAGAGAUUAACAUAUGAUAUUAUAAGUGUACCUUUCAUGACUAUUGCUGUGUCAGAGAAUAUGACAAUCCAUUUUCUAAACUAUUUUCACAUUUUGCAGGUUAUAUUAUUCUAGUAAAUUGCUGUUUUUACAUCAUAUUCCGUGUAAUCUAUGAUUAAAUUUAAUAUCCUAAGACUAUUGUUGUCUAGUUUGUCUAUCUCCUGGAUGUUCUUUUCUGUAUCAUGUAAAGGACAAAACGAUUAUUUUGAAAAAUUGUGCCUCCUUGGAUCUUACACCGAGUUAUUAAUCUGUAAUAAUACCAAUAAAAGUUAACACUAAAAUAAACAAAAGAUCUAGUAAAGAUUUUAUAACAGUUAAGUAAUUCAGUUUACCCAUGUUCUGCUUUCUAUUAAGCUAGAAAGGUAUUUUUUUAAAUGUGAAAUGUAGUAUGGAACAAGCUCUUCCUUCCUUUUUUUUUUUUUUUUUGGCCUGGCUUUUUUACUUUACACCAUCUUUGUACCAGCACUUCUAUGAACAUCCAGGCCAUCGCACACAGUAUAUAUUGGUGUCGGAAGGACAUUGGGCUGUGUCUUAAAGUCAUUAAAUCUGUGUUGCUUCCAUACACAGAAAGCUGUUUCAGAAGCAGGUUAGAAGAUUAGCUUUAUAUAACUUCUCAAAUGCAUCUCUUACUUAACAAGCAGAAGGAAAUGCAUUUUAUUUGAAAUGUAUCUCAAGCAAUGAGGCUCAGAUCCUCCAAGAUUAUUUUGGCACUCAAAUCCCACUGAAAUUAAUCCGUGACCUCAGGUGAACUCAGGCAACUAAAUGCCAUUUCAGAAACAGCCCUAAGGCCCCAGGCUCCCUCAGCCUUGGCCUUGGAAUGUUAUGGAGUGCAGGAUGGGGCCUUGCUGAAGAAAGGCACAAAAACUGAAGUGAAAUUAAUUUAGCUCAUUCCCAUGGCUUUACUCCCACUCCACACAGUGAUUUAACUUCUCACCUGCUUGUUCGCUCUAUGCAAUGUGAAAUACAAUUGUAUAUGUAAAGUGAAGGAAUAGUGAAUAGAUUAUCUGCCUAUCAGUACAAUAAAUGAUUGAUAUUGUU